AUGGACCCAUAACUGGAUUAAUACAUGAAAAUUAAGAAGGCUCAUUUCAUAAAUUCAAGCAUUAAAAGUAGUGAUAAUAAUUGUACUUUAAUAGCGAAUAUAAAGAAGGAUUAUAAAUUCAUAAAGGAAAUAGGAGCAGGUGGUUUUGGUGUAGUGUUUGAGACUGAAUAGAAAUCAACAGGUAUAAGAUGUAUGUUCAUUAGGUAUUAAAAGAGCAAUUAAAGCAAUUGCAAAAGAUCGUGUAGUAGAUAAGGAAAGCUUCAAGAAUGAGUUAUCGAUCCUUAGAAAGAUUGUAAUAUUUAAAUUUGAGUAGAGGAUCAUCCAAAUAUUCUGAAGAUGUAUGAAGUCUACGAAACUGAGAAGACUGUGUAUUUGGUAACAGAGUAAGUAAAAUGAGUAUGAUAGGAUGUGCGAGGGAGGGGAACUAUUUUACUACAUCACCAAGACUUAGCAUUUGACUGAGAUGCAAGCAGCCAAGAUAAUGAGAUAAAUAUUUACAGCAGUAGCAUAUCUACAUGAGCAUAAAAUAGUUCAUAGAGAUUUGAAGCCAGAGAAUUUCUUAUUAAAAAAUAAGGAUGAUGAGUCUUCAAUUAAAUUGAUUGAUUUUGGAUUGGCUAGAUUUUUCAGGGAAGAUGAAGUCAUGACCUAGCCAAAUGGCAGUCUCUUCUAUAUAGCUCCAGAGAUCAUUAAAGGCCAAUAUUCAUAUGAAGUUGAUUAUUGGUCCUUGGGAGUUAUUUUAUACGUGAUGAUGUGUGGAUAGCCACCAUUUCCAGGAAGGAAUCCUUAAGAGACUAUAAAGAAUAUAUAGAAAGGGAUAUUCACAUUUUCAAAGGCUGGAUUCAAGGGAGCAAGUGAAGAAGUAAUUUAAUAAAUAUUGAGGAGAGGUUAGGGAUUUAAUUUAGAAAUUGUUAGUGAUGGAGCCUAAGAGAAGAUUUACUGCUAAAUAAGCUUAUAAUCAUCCUUGGGUAUAGUAAUAGGUUAGUCAUGAAUUGAUGAAUUUGAGAUUGCAUGAUGAUACUAUCAAAGGUCUAGAGAAAAUGAUAAAUGCAUAAUAAAUGAAGAAAACAAUGUUAUUAUAUUUAGCAACAUUUAUACCUGAAAAUGAAGUAACUUCAUUAAGAUAAUUAUUUGUCUCAUUGGAUAAAGAUGGGAAUGGUAUGAUUUCAUUGGAGGAAAUGAUUGAAGGAUUGACUGGGUUUAAAAAUAUGAAACAUAAAAAUAUGGAUAAGAACUUCGUAACUCAAUUGUUUAAAGCUAUGGACAUUGAUUAAAGUGGAUAUGUGGAUUACAGUGAGUUUAUAGCUGCAUUUCUGGUGUGUCCAUAGUUUUAAAAUGAAAGAUUCAUUGAAGAGCAAUUUAAAAGAAUAGAUUAAGAUAACAGUGGCAGAAUAUCUAAAAAUGAAUUGAUGGAUAUUUUUCAUACUGACACUAUAUCCAUAAAAGACAUAGAUAUUGAAGAAUUGAUUAAAUAAGCAGAUAUAAAUAAGGAUGGGGAGGUAUUAAUUUGUUAUUAUGAUAAGAUUGAUUAUUAAGAAUUCAUGAUCCUUCUAAGGGAUAGAUUUGCAGAUUAGAUUAAACAAUGA